AUGUCCAAUGUGGCAAUUUGGCCCGUUGAAGAGGACUUGUUGAUGGCCACGGAUUUCGAAAAGACCUUCUCUGACAGCACCCUGGAGCCGGUGAUGUACAUCUCAGAGGACUCUUUGGCUUUGUUGGCUGCUGCUCCAAGAGAAGCCGUUGAUUCGCUCCUGGACCUUUGCUGCGGCAGCGGCGUACAAGGCAUCGUGGCGCUGCGCUACUACGCCAGCAGCGCCAGCUUCGUGGCCCGGGGUCCCGAGGGACCGGAAUUCUCGUUCCCCACGGUUCGUGCGCUUCAACUUGGCUUUGAACUGCCUGGCGCACAAGGAGUCGUGGAUAUGCAGCAUCAACAGCUGUUCCAAAAAGCGGAUCAGUUCAAGGCGCAGCUCAAGAAAGACUUGGGCAUCAACGUGGAAUAUGAUGGGAAGCCAAAUGGACCUGCAUCGUAUUCAUGGCAAUUGCCUGUGGAUCCUGGAGAACGAGCCCGGCUGAAGGCAGCCGUAGAGGCCAAGUUCACCGUCGAGGAGGUCGAAGUUAUGGAUGUAGAUGCAUCAGCACCAAGUCAACCGGAGGGCAAAGGGUAUGUUGUCAAGAUUGAUUUGAUGGCCAACAGUUUGCUAGGGCAUCUUCGUGGCCGAGCAGUACGCGAUGCUGUAUUGGGCUCCUUAUCACCCAUGCCUGCUGGGGCUGUGCUGGGGCAUGCUGUAGUCAUCGGUGGAAAAACGUUGAAGGUGCAUUUGAGUGAUGUGACAUUAGCUGCCUGGGAUGAUCUACACAAGAAGCUUCAGGCGCAUGGAUAUGUGCAUGUGUUGGCAGGUGAGGCACUCCAGGAGCAGCGCAAGCGGGAUGAGGUGACCCGUGCCAGUAAGAUGAGGCGAGCUGAAAUGUUGUCCGAUGUGGAAAGCAUGUUGGCUGGCACGCGAGAGCUUGCAGAGUUGCAUGGAGUCGGUGGCAAAGGCACCAAGCGACGUAGGUUUGCUAGGGUGCUUGGCCGGUGCUUGGAUCGCAGUUCCAGGGUUGCAGCCUACAAUCUGAGAGAAGCCGAGGAGGAGAACCCGGACUUGAGUGAUGAUGCUGACUGA